GCAAAGAUGAGUGAUGUAUCGUGGGACGGUUGUUCUUGUUCUCUCGCUGCUCCUUCGGAUACAAUGUCACAAAGUGGAAGUGAAAGUGAAACAAGGAAAGCUAGUAGGCAUUAGAGCGGCCACAGUAUUUGAUCGAAGAUUACACUACGCGUUCUAUGGAGUACCAUACGCUGAGAUACCUAUAGGGCACUUGAGAUUUAAAAACCCCAAGUCUGCUAAGAAAUGGGAUCGUCCUUACGAUGCAAGUACACCGUUCCACGGCGCAUGUGCACAGGCACACAUAACACAUCGACACGCGCUGUACGGCGUAGAAGACUGCCUCUACUUAAAUAUCUAUACGCCGUCUCUACCUAAGGACGGAGUAAGCAGCCUAAAGCCGACUAUAGUCUGGAUCCACGGGUAUGCCUUUACGUCUAGUUUCAGUCACAUCCACGGCGGAGAUUUUCUAGUAGACAAUGACGUCAUUUUCAUAAGUCUAACUCACAGGUUGAAUGCUUUCGGCUUCUUGAAAAUCAAUGAAACAGAUUCAAAUGCUAAUAUGGGACUCAAAGAUAUAGUCAUGGCUCUGAAGUGGAUAAAAAAAAAUAUCAAACAGUUUGAUGGAGAUGAAAAAAAAAUAACUGUUAUGGGCAGUGAUUCAGCUGGUACUUAUCUGACACUACUUUUAUUGUCAAAAUCGAAUAAGUUAUUUUCAAAGAUGAUUCUUCAAAGUGGGAGUUUAUUUUCUCCCUCAAUAUUUCAAAGUGAUCAUAAUAAAGAAAGAGAAAAACUGAAGCAAGAAGUGAAAAUAUCUUUUUCUAAAGAUUUAGUGACUGCAUCAAGUAAAGACAUUAUAACAGCAUCAUCGAAGAUUUACACUAAAAAGGAUUGGAUAAACUUUCAGAAACCUGUAGUUCCAUUUUCACCAAUCAUUGAAUUGAAAUCGAAUAAGUCAUUAAUUUCUGUCAGCCCAUAUACACAAUCCUUAGAAAUUAAGAUUCCUCUCAUGAUUGGUUUCAAUAGCCAAGAGAGCAUAUCGGAAAUAAUACCAUUUUUGCGUCAUCCACAUAUCCUCAACACGUUGAAUUCAUUUUUCAAGUUCAUGGUACCAUUCCCAUCCGCAUGUCAUUAUAACUAUACGUCAAAAACGUACGUCGAAAUAGCGGACAAAAUAAAAAAGAAAUAUUUUAACGGUCAUAUUUCAGAGGCUUCGAUUCAAGAUUUCAUGCGAUAUGCAUCAGAUUUGAGAAAAUAUCCUGUCUAUAAGUUCAUCAAAACCUUAACAGGGCGAUUUAAUAAUGAAAUAUACGUAUACAAGUUUAACUAUGUUGGAAAAUUUAAUGCGAUGAAGGCUUCAUCGACGCCAGAUAUAGUCGUUAAAGCUAAAGGAGCAGCCAAUGGCGACGAAGUGUGCUACCUGACGAAAUGUGAGCCGCUGUGGGAGGGCUACGUGCAAGUGAGAGAUACCGACAAUGAUCGCGAUAAACAUUUUAUUAAGGAAAUGGCGGAAGUGUGGGCUAACUUCGCGAGAACCGGAAAACCCACGCCGCGGCCAUAUUUUGCCAACGUUACAUGGUUACCAAUGACCUCCAAGAACGAUAACGUUUUACUGAUAAGUAGAACAAGCAAAUUAAUUGAUUCAAAAGUAGAAGAGAAAAUGUUUUCGUUUUGGAACCGCAUUUAUGACGAUUAUUACGCGCCAGAGCGUUGUAAGGGAAAUAAACGUGAUGAGUUAUAGCGAAACUUGUAGGUAUUUA